AAAGAUGGGGCUUCAAGGGGGUGAAAGAAAAGCAGAGAACACAACUCUGUUAGUUCCUGCCACGAAGCGACCAACGACAUCACGCUACCUAGAUAUGUCUCUGGUGUCUGAUCAAGCCGCAGAACCUCGAACAGUCAAAAAACUUGGAGCUCGAAUCGAACAACGAAAGAAACUACUGUUGCGUCGACGAUAUCUGGUUGACCUUAUGCUGGCUCUCGCUUUAGUUGGAAUUGCAUUGAUGGUUGUUGAGAACGAGCUGUACUACGUUAAUAUUGCAGCCGUUACCUCAAUGACAACCUGGAUGCUGCUGAUUGUGGAGCUGCUCGUUUGUGCUGUCCACCCCUUCCCUGGGGAUGUCCAGGUGUACAUGACAUCCAUCUCUGGUGUAGAAGACAGAUCCCACAUUGACGGAAUUCUCUCUGUGCUCAUGAUGUUCCGCCUCUACCUCGUCGGACGUUUCCUGGUUGCCCAUUCGCCUCUACUGACCGACCCAACCACACAAACCAUCGCAGCAGUAAGCCACGUGAAGAUCGACAUGUUCUUUGUCUUUAAAGCCGCCAUGACGGAUCACCCAGGAAAGGUCAUUGCCCUCACCAUGCUCUCGAUGUAUUCAGUCAGCGUCUGGGCAAUGAGAACCUGCGAGCUCUACUACACGAAAAUCAGUGACGCUCAAAGUCUGACGCAGUCAAUGUGGUUGGCUGCCAUUACAUUCCUAACAGUAGGCUACGGCGAUUUAACGCCAAUGACUCACUGUGGGAGGUUUAUUGCAGUUGUUACUGGACUUAUGGGUCUCGGAUCCACAGCUCUUCUUGUCGCUGUUGUAGCUAAGAAAAUGGAGCAGACACGGACUGACAAAUACGUUUUUAACUAUCUUUCAAUGUUACACAUAGAAAACAAAAGAAAACAAGCAGCUGCGGAUGUAAUUAAACUAUCUAUCAAAGUGUACAUUUGGAAGAAGACUCACGAACGUGAGCCAAAAAAAGUUCAUAAAAUAAACUUGACCUAUUAUUCGUGGAGACUGAGCAACGCUAUAAGGGCGAUGAGGUCCACGCGAGCAAAGAGGCAACGAUUUGAGGAAGCGUCUGUAGGUUUAGCAGAGUUGAGUCAACAGGUCAGUUAUCUACAAGCCAUUACCAGCGUUCUAGUCUCAGGCCAAAGUCAGGUAAUGGACAAGUUAUCAGACAUUCAACAGCAUGUUCGACAGAAAGAAAACGACGGUGGUGUUGUAAAGUAA